AUGCAGAAUGAAGUUGAACCGUCUCAUAGCUAUUCAGGUGAAGAUAUUCAGUAUCUAACAAGGGAACAUUUUGGUGAAGAUGAUACUUUCCUCCCAGCUCAGGUGGAUAAUGAAUGUCAGCCAAGUCUCACAACAAAGAAUACCAUUUCUUCAGUAGAAGAAAAAACAUCUAAUGUUAAUCUCAUUGCACAAUCCAAAAAUACUUUUGACAAAGUAUGCUCUAAAUCUUCUUCUGAAUUCAAUAGCUGCUCAUCUGAACAAAAUAGUGAUUAUGAAGCUGAGCUAUGUUCUCAAAGUGAGUGUGAAGAGAGGCCAACUCCUAAGCAAGUAGCACC